AGAAUGUCUGGCGACACGCAACCUAAGAAGCGGAAGGACAAAAAAAGGAAGAAAGAUGAUGAAGAUACGGUUAAGGAAACGACGGUUCAUGCCCCGAAGCAACCGUCAGCUGGCGCCGCUCAAGCUGCCAAGGAACCGGGCGAUAUUCAAAUGCACAUCCACAGCGAUCACGGUACCGGAGGCCACUGGUGUGCCAAGAUCGUGUUCUUCAUCCUGUUGGCUGGCUUGGGCGCACUGAUUGGAUUGAUCCUUAUGGAAAGUCAGGGUGUCUCGAACGACGAUACGCCACUGUCUGAAUCGAGAUAUUCGGAAUUCUUUAACGGUUGGGUUGACGAAACACGUCAGGACGAUCAUCAUCACGAUGAAAUCCUGGCCGCCAUUAACUCUCUGGACGAUCAUGAUGAUGACGGCGGUGAAGAACAUCACGCUGUAGACGAUCACGAUGAUGAUGGUGAGGGGCACGAUCAGGAUGGUGACGAUGAUGAUCAUGACGAUGGUGCACCGUACGCAGAAGAAGAAGAUCACGACGAUGAUGAAGAGGGUGCGGAUGUGCUGGAUGAUGAUGAUGAGGAUGAAGGACUAGCGCAAAAGCUCGACGAUGAUGAAGUGGAGGAAAUCUUCACCCAGCAGGAAGCAGCCGCUCAGCAAGAGGCUGUCGCUGCGGCUGAAGACGACGAUAACGAUGAUGACGAUGAGGAUGAGGAUGGAGAUGGCCAGGACGACGAGGACGACGAUGAUGAUGCCGGUGCCAACGAUAAAAUUAAUGUUGUUGACGGUAAUGAUGAUGAUGAUGAUGAUGAUGACGAUGAUAAGAAUGAAGAAACAAAGGACCUACAAGAUAAUGAUGAUGAUAACGACGAAGAUGACAAAAAAGACAAUAAUCCGGAUGACACUGACGACAAUGAUGAUGAUGAUAGUCAGGAUGCCGACAAUGAUGAUGAUGACGAUGUACUGACAAAUACUAAAACAGAAAAGAACGACGAAAAUGACAAUGAUGAUGAAGAAGAAGAUGAUGAUGAUGAUGCAAAUGUAACUGCUGCUACGGAAAAGGAUGAUGAAGAGGAUAACGAUGAUGAUGUAGGAGUAGAUAAUGAAAGAGACGAUGCUGAACCCGCCGCAAAGAUCUACAAAGCUGCUGCUGGAAAAACUAACGUCGACGAUGGUGAUGACGAUGAUGACGAUCAGGACGAUACACCAUUCGAUGAAGAACAAUCUAAUGCUUUGAAUGAUAGCUCUAACCAAAGCUUGCCAAUGCUUGAGAAUAGUUUUACCGAUAACGGCAUUCUGAAACCUUCCGCACAAAGCUCCAGAGACUCUGAAAUCGACGAUCCUGACACUUUGACACAACCAUCGCCAUCUACGCCUUCUAACGAUGAAGCUGUAACGGGAGACACAUUGAAAGAUCAGAUGGAUGAUUUGGUACGAAAUUUUAACAAGCUUGCGGAGUCGUUAAACGUACCAAAAGUUGAAGAGGCUCCCGUUGAAAUUCCAGAGACAGUUAGUGUACAGGACGCAUACGAUGAUGGCGAUGAGGCAGAAAUUGAAGAAUUAACCCGUGGAUCUCAACCAGCAAACGAAGACGACAAUGACGACGAUGAUGAUGACAAUGUCGUGGAUGCCGAUGACGAUGACAAGGAGGCUUUUGUUGAAUUCGUUGACAACGACGGAGGAGAGGAAGAAUAUUUGGAGAAGGUGCGCGCUGAACAGCAGCGUCGUGCGGCUGCCGAAGAAGAACGCCGUGCUGCCGUCGAACCAGAAGAGGAAUCCUCACUUACCGUAAAAAUCUUUGUCGGUGUCGCACUGCUCGGCGCUGCGCAUCUACUCUUAACAAGUCCACGUGCUCCUACGACGAAAAAACCAACCAAUCAAAUCGACGAUAAACAGAAAUUGGAUAGCGUAGCAGUCAUAAACGAAUCUUCACCACUCAAUCGAACAACGGAACAAAACAAAGUCGUUAGCGUACAACCAGCUGCUACCAAAACGGUGAUGGAUGAUUUUGUUUAUGCUGGUCCAACGGAUCAAUUGUCAUCGGAUAAGAAACAAGUGAUCGAAGGAAAUGUGAUCAUAUUUGACAAUAACGAUGAUGCCGAACGGUACUCAGGCGAUGAGUACGAGUACGAACUUGAAGAAAUGGAGGAAGGCGAUGAAGAAGCCGAACUCGAAAUGGAAGACGAAGCAGAAAAGCAACUCAUACAGCAGGAACAAGCAGUUGGAUCGUUUGUACCCAUUACUUUCGAAGACUUUAACUCCAUGUACCGAUCACCCGUAGAAAUAGAUGCGGAAGUUGCUGCCGAAAGUCAGCAAGAAGCGGCCACUAUUCAACCAACUUUAAUCGAACGAUCCUCGUCAAAAAAAGGGACGAAAGACUCACUGCUGGCACGCAAAAAACCACCCAAAGGUGCUUUCAACAAGCUUAUAUAUGGUCUGCACAAAGAUCCAAUUGUAAUACCGACGAACGAAAUGGAUCCAUUAUCUUCGAUCCGGGCACACGAUCCGGUACCGUCGGUGGAAAAGAGUGAAAACGUAAGUGCGAAAGUUGAGGCAAAGUCCGUCCUAACGGCAUUGCUUUCGGAAAUCCCUUCACCACCGAUCGAGCGCGAUCACGCAUUCGUUACGCUUGUCCCCACGGGAUCCAGUGCUGUGAGAUCCACAUCCCCGGUUGAUCAGAGCUCUGGGUCAGCGCCUGUUCAGCAGCCGGUUAAAACAAAACACGUAGAGUUUCUAUUGCCCGAGCAGGAAGAGCCAGAAUAUGAGCCGGAGUCUGAGUCGGAGCUAGAGCGUACCUCACCCCUGCCGGUGGGUGACCAUGGUAGCAAGGAGAACCUUUUCAUACCGCAGGACACGAGCGAGGAAGAGCUCGAACCGAACGAAUACGCGGAAGAGUGCGACGGCGAGUACGCGGAAGAGGAGGAUGAAAUUGUGUACGAGGAGGAGGAGGAGGAGGUGAUCGACGAUAUUGAGUCAGUACUGCUGAAUCAGUACGGUUCCGACGAGGAAGAAGAACCGCUCACUGACGACAACAUUCCGCCAGCCGGUGACGAAGAAGAAGCGUCCGAUGUAGACGAUUCCGACCUGAUGCGACGUUUGGAGGAGAAGUAUGGCAAGCUGCCGGCUACCGAAGCAACGGUCACUUCUGAAGGAAACGACGACGACGAGGAAGCGACUCCAGCAGGCUGGACAAAAAUCCCCUCGAGGGCUGAAGAGGCUGAUCGGUCCUAUCAGGAAGAACUAAGAAGAGCUGAGCAGCAACUCGACGAGAACAAACCUCAAGAAGCGCUGGCCAUCUUCGAUCGCAUUAUCCUGAGAAAGCCUAAAUCUAUCGUGGCAUUAGUUGGACGAGCACGAUGCUUGGAUGCGCUGGCAGAACAGAAGCGUAGUAACGCGAUCCUGACCGAAGCGAUCGCCGCCUACCGGAAGGUGAUCGAGCAAGAGCUUGCGGUUGAUGAUGCAACGCUUAAAAUGGUGUCGGAACGAUGCAUCGAUCGUAUGCGCUUUCAGGGACAGCAUGCGAAGGCGAUCGAGGUGCACAAGGUGCUGGUUCGACGAUUCGACAACGAACCGCAGUAUCGGAAUCAGCUCGCUGUCAGCUAUUUGUACAUGAACAGACUUGCCGAAGCAAAAGCCGUCCUGCACGAAACAUUACUUCGCUGGAUAGACGAUGGAUUCGCGUUGGUACACUACGGCUUCGUACUAAAAACGCUCGAUCAAAACAUGGAACUUGCCGCCCAGUACCUUCAGGAAGGCAUUGCAACCGAUCAACCAGGAACACAGGAUGGAAGGUUCUACUUCCAGCUUGGUGACGCUCUGCAACGACUGGGCCGCAACAGUGAAGCGCUCGACGUUUACCGAAAAGGUGUCAAAAAGAAGCUAUUCCUUUCGCUCUACCAACGUUCCCUGUACAAUGUGGAUGGAUUGCGUUCGCGUCCCUUCUGGACGGAGGAACAAACGACCUACGCUACCGAACUGGAGCUAAUCCGCGCCCAAUGGCAACAGGUACGGGACGAAGGUCUAAAGCUACUUAACAGUGCCGGCGUUUUUGUGAACGAGUCGGAAAAUUUGCGCGAUCGGGGCGAUUGGAAGCAGCUGGAACUGUUUUCCCGCGGCACCCGGAUCGAGCGUAACUGUGGCCGCGCACCACUAACGUGUCGGCUGGUGGAGCAAUACUUUCCGGCCGCCCGUACAUGCAAGCGCGGUCAGGUGAAGUUUAGUGUGAUGCAUCCUGGGACGCACGUGUGGCCACACUGUGGACCAACGAACUGUCGUAUACGAGCACAUCUGGGAUUGAGCGUGCCACAGGGUACUUACAUAAGGGUGGCUGAAGAAACACGUUCCUGGGAGGAUGGCAAAUGGUUAAUAUUUGACGAUAGCUUCGAGCACGAGGUGUGGCACAACGGAACAGAGACACGUUUGGUAUUGAUUGUGGACUUUUGGCAUCCUGAACUUACGGAAAGUCAACGACGCACGUUGUCCCCUAUCUAGUUUGCCUUAUCUAGGAACAAGUAUCGAGAAUAUGCAUUUCUACCCUUAUUUCACGG